AGGCAAGGAGAAUAGAAAAGAAACAGAGGCACUCUGUUCACAGUUCUCACAUUUCCAAACAAAACCAAAACUUCACUUCCUCUACUCUGUUUCCAUGCUUCCAAGUCUAGAAACCGUCGCAGUGUCUAAGAUGACUGUGGUUUCUCUACCAUCUGCUUUCAGAUGCACGCUUUCUUUGUUUACUGACAUUGUUUCUCAAUAAACAAAAGCGGGGCCAUUGGUCAUUGCUCUCAAACUCUUGAGCUUCAAAUUGAGUUAAUAAAAUGGAAUCGUUGAAUUUCCAGAAGGUGCACGUAAAGAAAUGUUCCGCCAAACCCCAAAAACAUCGCCACCUUCGAAAGAUCGCAAAGUUGUUGCACUACGUAGAAGUCUGUGUUGUUCUGGUCUUGAUUUCAAGGUUCUCAACCCAGUUACCAGUGGCAAUAAAAAACUCAUGCGAGUAUUUCCGCAACUUUAUGGGUAGCCCUCGCUUUGUUUUUCUUCUGGGAAACGUCAUAAUCAUGACGCUGUUCGCACAAUCUGGCCACUUCUCAACUCACGCUUCUGCAAAACCCGCCUCAGAACCCGAUCUCUAUCUGGAGUUCCUCCAGAACAGCACCAUCAAUCACAAAGUUGAAGCUGAAGAUAACCGUCGUAAAGAAAAGGCAAGCGCGAGAGCUUGUCAGAGUAAUAGAGGCGACGAAAGCUUAAUCGAAGAAAAACAUAGCACCAAAACAGAGGGGAAGGGUUACAGAAGGUGUGAAUCGGAGAUCGUAGCGCGUGUGCAGAGCGAGAAGCCUCGGCGCAUGCUGCAGAGGUGUGAGACUGAGAGAAUGGAGAGAGAGAGGGAGAGGGAGAGGAGGUGUUACCCUGAGGAUGGGAUGAGCAACGACGAGUUUCGUCGAAAAGUUGAGGCUUUCAUUGCGCGCCAACAGAGGCUACGAACGCAGGAACAUUCAGAGACUGCUGUGGAUAUUUUAAGAGCUGCUAAUUACUAGCAAGUGAAAUAAAGAUAAUACAAACACAAGAGAAAGCAUCCGUAAUUCAAACCACUGUAUUGUUACUGUCCCAUCUGGAAAAUGAAAAAGCAGAUUUAUGUUUGUCAUAAUGCAAAAGCCAUACUAAGAGAGAUCUUUUGUAAUUGGCACAAACUCAACAUGCCACUAUCUAUUGUCUGCCAUUAGGCGCAGAUUUGCAUUUUCGUUGCUUUUGCAUUGUGUUUUGCUUUUAAUUAUUCAAAUAACAAGUGUGGGAAAUAGUAGCCCGUGUCAUUUAUG